GCGGGCUUGGAAGUCAAGUACUAGAAGAAGGUUUUAAACCCGUGGACAGUAGCUGAUAGAUACGAGGAUAUGGGAUCCCUGAUGCGAGGCAGGUGGCUAAUGGUGCCGCUGCUGUUGCAGGCAUGGCUGUUGGCAUCCCCAAGCAGUGUCCGUGAGCGUCCAUGUCCUCGGAGCUGUCGCUGCGAUGGGAAGAUAGUCUACUGUGAGUCCAAUGCUUUCCGUGAUGUGCCAAAGAAUGUCUCUGGCGGGUGCCAGGGCCUGUCUCUGCGCUACAACAGCCUGGUGAGCCUCAGGGCAGGCCAGUUUUCUGGUCUCAGCCAACUCAUCUGGCUCUACCUGGACCAUAACUACAUCAACUCUGUGGACAGUGAGGCCUUCCAGAGCGUGAGGAGGCUCAAGGAGCUGAUCCUGAGCUCCAACAAGAUCACACAGCUACAAAAUUCCACUUUCCACGCUGUGCCAAAUUUGCGAAAUCUCGACCUGUCCUACAACAAGCUGCAGGCCCUUCAGCCUAACCAGUUCCAGGGUCUACGCAAGUUGCUCAGCCUCCACAUUCGCUCGAAUUCCCUGAAAAGCGUUCCUGUACGAGUCUUUCAGGACUGUCGCAACCUAGAAUUUCUGGACCUGGGCUACAACCGGUUGCGUAGCCUCACUCGCAAUGCUUUUGCAGGGCUACUGAAACUGACGGAGCUUCACUUAGAACAUAACCAGUUCUCCAAAAUCAACUUCUCACACUUCCCACGCCUCUACAAUCUGCGGGCACUGUACCUGCAAUGGAACCGUAUCCGCUCAAUCAGUCAGGGUCUCACCUGGACCUGGACCUCGCUGCAAAAGCUUGACCUCUCUGGAAAUGACCUCCAGAUUGUGGACGCCAGCAUCUACCAGUGCCUGCCUAACCUACAGACACUCAAUCUGGACUCUAACAAGCUCAGUAAUGUGUCCCAGGAGGCAGUGGCUGCCUGGAUCUCCUUGACCACCAUCAGCCUGGCUGGCAAUGUGUGGGACUGCAGCCCCAGCAUCUGCCCCCUGGUGGCCUGGCUGAGGAAUUUCAAGGGAAACAAGGAGACCACCAUGAUUUGCGCUGGACCUAAGGAAACCCAGGGGGAGAAGGUGAUGGAUGCUGUGGAAACGUACAGUAUCUGCAAAAUCACUCCAGCUCCUUCCAUCUCAACACCAUCCUCUCCUCCAAACACUCCAUCAAAACCAGGACGCUUUCCCAUUCCCACUUUAUCCAGAGCGGGUGGGGAGCUUUCCCAGGGUAGUUUAGCCAGCCCCACACCCUCAGGGGCCUCCUCAACCAUCCCAGAGCAGUUUGAGCAUGUUUCAUUCCACAAAAUAAUAGCUGGCAGCGUGGCACUCUUCCUGUCAGUGGCCAUGAUCCUGCUGGUGAUCUACGUGUCGUGGAAGCGCUACCCCAGCAGCAUGAAGCAGCUGCAGCAGCACUCCAUGGUCCGCAAGCGCAGGAAAAAGGUUCGGGAGACAGAGCGUACCCUCAACUCCCCUCUGCAGGAGUAUUAUGUGGACUACAAACCCACAAACUCUGAGACCAUGGAUGUGCUGGUCAAUGGGACAGGCUCCUGCACCUACACCAUCUCGGGCUCCAGAGAAUGUGAGAUUCCACACCAGGUGAGUGCACUGACAUUCUACAGAUAUGAGCAGCCCAUAGUGGACUACUGCCAGGCUCACCAACCACUGCACCUCAACAUGAACUACGAGGGCCCCCCACAGGGCCUGGAGGAACUGGGGCCACGAGAGCGUGGCACCAUUCAGACUAUUGCCCUCCCCACCGUGCCUGCUGCCCCUCUCACGGACCCCCGGACCCCCCCACAGUGAUGUCUGCUGGGGAGACAUCACUGUUUUCCUCCCUCCGUAUGGGUCCUGACCAAAACUGAAAACAGAAACAGACUUGCGUGGAUACGGAGGAGUGGCAGAAACAGGGGGAACUGCAGGGGUCUUAUUGAUGGAAUCAGCUGCAAGUUUCCUUUGUGUUCGGUAGCUCUGAACAGGGUGCAACUACAGUGAAGCAGUACAGGCUAUCACUGUGGUGGGAAUGAGAAAAUAACUAAUUAAAGGCUGUGGUAAGAUGCCGUAUCUUCCAUCCAAAUAGUUACUCCUAAUGUUCUGUGACUUCUUCAUUUUGGAAAGAAGUGGGGUUUUUUUGGUCUUGUUUUUUUGUGUUUUUUUACCAUUUGUUUGUGAAGUCAUCUACAGCUGCCUAGAAAAAAAACAUAUCUAAAUAUUUAAAUGUAAUUGAAUUACCAUUAUUGCACUUACUGCCUCAGCUAUAUGCAGCUCCCGAUUUGAGGAAUUAAUGCUGGCACGCUCCCAGUGUUGUGCAAGUACAGUAAUUAAAUGGAAUCUGCAAAAAAAUUUAAUGUGGAAAACAAUGAGAUGAGGAAGACAAUUGCAGAAGUUCUAGUUUAACAGAGCUCAAAGGUUUCUUGCUGUUGCUUCUAAUAAGGUUUCAGUUGGUGGUCGUACAUCCAGUCAAAUAUUGAUCAUUAUUAGAUUAUAAGGGGUGAGCUGUCCAGAUUAAACUAUUAUAAAUUGGGUGUGAAAAAUAGUUGAAGUGAAGGUUGUGAAAAAUGUGUAGUGACAACUUAAACGUCCUACCAACAUUUUUGUUGUUUUGCUCUUUAUAUUUUAGUUAUCUUUUUCUGCUGCUGAAUUUUUCCAAUACCAGAAAGUAUUAAUCUCUGUGUGACUUACAUGUAGCACACUAUUUGAGUUGGCACACUGGCAUUGCCAUUGGUGAUAAAAGCACUGGACAACUCUUACUCUUAACAGUACAAAAACCUAGUGAUUGCUAAGCCCAAACCAUUAUAAUUUACUCACGAUUGCUCACUCACAAUAAUCUAAGAUGUUUGCUGCUUAAAUGUAAAAGUAAUCAUUAUUUGCCUGGGGGCCAAAUACCCGUAAACUUGUUUAAAGCUACUAGGGAAUUUGUCAGUGACUUUGGGGCUUUCAUGUUCACAUAACUGAUAUGUACAAGAUGCUUUCUUACCACGACCCGGUUGCCCAGUUCAUUCUGUAGUGGAAGGAUGCCUGUAAAAUCUGCAGUCUACCUAGAUGCUUGUGGACUGGAGAGGCCUGUGUGUGCCAUAGUGUUUUAUAUGAAGAUUGUACACUGAAGGUCACCUGAGUCCAGCUGUCCAGAAGUACUGACUGUUCUCUGUGCUGUCUGUCACUUGUGGACGUAUAGUCUCUGUCCCUUGGCCCGAAUCCUAAUCUGCCCCGUUCUACGACGUACAUUCAGCAGUGCAGGAGGCAGGAUGCUGGAAGGAGGGACAAGGGGGACACAUCAAUGAUCUGCUGUGUGACCCCACAAAAUGAAGGGAUGCUCUUCAGGACACCAGACCUUUGAAGAUGCUGAUGGAACGUCAAAAAAAUCUGAAACUAAAAAAGCCCAGCUGGACUUGUGUAUCUUGUAAAUAGAGAGUAAUAAAAUAAAUAAUAAAUGAUGUCUUUACUUCUUCAGAAACACAACCUCCUGGAGAAGAGGAGCCUUAUCUUAAAUCCAGGUGAGCCCGGAUAGAUAGCAGGGUGUCUAUUGUAAAACAAAAAAACAAAAAAACAAAAAACAAGAUUUGAGGUUGUGAGGAAAUUUGCAAUAUUUUGCAAUAUUAGCUUUCUGGUUUUAUGAUGGAUACAUAUGUGUUUUCUUCUGCUUUAUUCCAUAUGUCAUGUUUUUCUGUU